CUUUCAUUACCUCUGUCGAACUAUUUGGUGAUGUUACUUAUUAUUCAGACCUUGUGCAAUUACUGUACGCGUCCUAUGCCAAGUGUUUCCGCAACUGGACGGAAUAUAUAGGUACGAUACUUUACUCUCUCCAGUACUGCGACCGAAAGAAGAACUGGUACGAUUUUUUUUUAAAUCCUGUGCAAGUGAUUAACUUUUGCGCUGCUGUAUUGCUACUGCAUCUGUGUUCUUGGAGAAAUAACUGAGCUUGGUCUCGCAGAGCAUGGAAUUAUUUGAAGUGAUGCAAAGGUGGAGUAUUUUACACCUUCAUUAAGAGAUCAUCCUCCGUCCAAUAACAGUAUUAGAAGUUUGUAAGUAUCCACCAUGAGAAUCGCUGUAAUUGGACAGAGUCUGUUCGGGCAGGAGGUGUACAAGGAACUGCGGAAGGAAGGGCACACGGUUGUGGGGGUGUUCACCAUCCCCGACAAGGACGGGAAGGCAGACCCCUUGGCCGCAGAGGCCGAGAAGGAUGGCGUGGCCGUCUUCAAGUUCCCGCGGUGGCGUGUGAAGGGGCAGGCCAUCUCCGAGGUGGUGGACCAGUACGAAGGAGUGGGGGCUGAACUCAAUGUCCUGCCCUUCUGCUCCCAGUUCAUCCCCAUGGAAGUCAUAGACUUCCCUAAACACGGCUCCAUCAUCUACCAUCCCUCUCUCCUGCCCCGGCACCGAGGAGCUUCCGCCAUAAACUGGACCCUGAUCCAUGGAGAUCUGAAGGCUGGGUUCACAGUGUUCUGGGCAGAUGACGGACUGGACACCGGACCCAUUCUCUUGCAGAGACAGUGUGAUGUGGAACCAGAUGACACAGUCAACACCAUCUACAAGAGGUUCCUCUUUCCUGAGGGGGUGAAAGGAACGGUCGAAGCGGUGCGACUGAUCGCGGCAGGCCGGGCUCCGAAGAUCCCUCAGCCGGAUGAGGGCGCCACCUACGAGGGGAUUCAGAAGAAAGAGAAUGCAAAGAUCGACUGGAACCAGCCUGCGGCAGCCUUGCACAACUGGAUCAGAGGCAAUGACAAGGUGCCAGGAGCCUGGGCAGAGGUGGAAAGUCAGAAAGUGACGUUCUUUGGCUCCACGCUGCUGGACGACGGUGCUGUGACCAGCGGGCAGCCCCUGGUGAUCACGGGCGCCAGGCGCCCCGCCUCGGUGACCAAGGGAGGCCUCAUGCUUUUUGGCAACGACGACAAGGCGCUGCUGGUGAAGAACCUUCAGUUUGAGGACGGGAAGAUGAUUCCGGCCGCUCACUAUUUCCACACCGGAAGCAGCGAGGCGGUUGAGCUUACGGAGGAAGAGAAGGCGUUCACGGAGGAAAUGCGGGUUGUCUGGAAAAGCAUUCUGACUAACCUGGAUGUGAUCGAGGAUUCAACGGAUUUCUUCAAGUCUGGCGCGGCCUCCAUGGAUGUGGUCAGGCUGGUGGAGGAGGUGAAGCUGAGGGCCAGCCAGCUUCAGCUUCAGAACGAGGACAUCUACAUGGCCACCACCUUCCAGGAGUUCAUCCAGACGUGUGUGCGGAAGCUGCGUGGGGAGGACAUGGAAGAGGAGCUGGUGGUGGACUAUGUGGAGAGGGAUGUAAACGACAUGACCAUCCACAUGCCCCACCAGCUGUUCAUCAAUGGGGAGUUCGUGGAUGCAGAAGGUGGAAAGACAUACCAAACCAUUAACCCCAAUGAUGGCCAGGCAGUUUGUGAGGUAUCCCUGGCCCAAGUGCCAGACGUGGAUCGAGCAGUGGCGGCUGCAAAGGGGGCCUUUCAGGAGGGGCGAUGGGCCACAAUGAACCCCCGUGACCGGGGCAGGCUGAUCUACAGGCUGGCUGAUCUGAUGGAGGAACACCAGGAGGAGCUGGCCACCAUCGAGGCCCUCGACUCGGGCGCCGUCUACACCCUGGCCCUGAAGACGCACGUGGGCAUGUCCAUCCAGACCUUCCGCUACUUCGCCGGCUGGUGUGACAAGAUUCAAGGCAGCACGAUCCCCAUCAAUCAGGCCCGGCCCAGUCGUAACCUCACCUUCACAAGGAGGGAGCCUAUUGGGGUGUGUGCUAUUGUGAUUCCUUGGAAUUAUCCCCUAAUGAUGCUCGCCUGGAAGACGGCAGCUUGUCUGGCUGCAGGCAACACAGUGGUUCUUAAACCAGCCCAGGUGACGCCUCUGACCGCACUGAAGUUUGCAGAGCUGACGGCGAGGGCUGGCUUUCCCAAGGGUGUGGUCAACAUCCUGCCCGGGGCAGGGUCCCUGGUGGGCCAGCGUCUGUCUGACCACCCGGAUGUGCGCAAACUGGGCUUUACCGGUUCCACCGAGAUCGGCAAGCAGAUCAUGAAGAGCUGCGCAGUCAGUAACGUGAAGAAGGUCUCUCUGGAGCUGGGAGGCAAGUCUCCCCUCAUCAUCUUCAGCGACUGCGACAUGGACAAGGCCAUACGCAUGGGCAUGAGUGCCGUCUUCUUCAACAAGGGGGAGAACUGCAUCGCAGCUGGGAGGGUCUUUGUGGAAGAGUCCAUUCACGACCAGUUCGUCCAGAGGGUGGUGGAGGAGGUGAAGAAGAUGAAAAUUGGGGAUCCGCUGGACCGAUCGACCGACCACGGCCCGCAGAACCACAAAGCUCACCUGGACAAACUGGUCCAGUACAGCCAGACAGGUGUGAAGGAGGGUGCCAGACUGGUUUGUGGAGGCAAGCAGGUGGAUCGUCCAGGCUUCUUCUUUGAGCCGACCGUCUUCACUGACGUGCAGGACCACAUGUACAUCGCAUGCGAGGAGUCUUUCGGCCCCAUCAUGAUCAUCUCUAAGUUCAAGGAGGGCGAUGUGGACGGCGUGCUGAAGCGAGCCAACGGCACCGAGUUCGGGCUGGCGUCCGGCGUGUUCACGCGCGACAUCGGCAGGGCGCUCUACGUGAGCGAGAGGCUGGAGGCGGGCACAGUCUUCAUCAACACCUACAACAAGACAGACGUGGCGGCACCCUUCGGAGGCUUCAAGCAGUCCGGCUUUGGCAAGGACCUGGGGGAGGAAGCUCUGAAUGAAUAUCUGAAGACGAAAACCGUAACUGUCGAGUACUGAGACGGAGGACUUCAACAUCCCAGUGUGCUCUCUGCUCUGAGGCUGUGAACAGACGUAACUCUUAAUAGUCAUGAAAUGAGGCAGGCUUUUGGUUAAUUGUGAGACACACUGACCUGUUUUCUUUGCAAUUUUUGAAGAGUUUUACAAAACAAAUAAUACUAUCAUAGGUUUGGAAAAUGAAAAAUACACUGGAUUUUUCAGUUUAACUUAGAUAUUCAUUUGUUUGCACUAGAAAGUGUACUGGUGUUAAGAAAGAUAAUGAGGAUGUCUUAUUUAGCUGAAAUACUGGAUAUUCUUUUACUAAGAAAACGUACGUAGUCUAAGGUGUGUCACACUGCAGUGAUCAUUUUGGUUGUAAUUAAUUUGGUGAAACUGAAGAUUGUAGGUUGAACUCCGUCCACGUCGGGGUGAAUUUAGGGAGACUUGGGACCACCUUUGUGUUUACAUGAGAGCAAACAUACUGAUCUACUGAAACUGAGUACCUAUUCUGUAACAAUGACACACUUUUGCAUGACAGACCUUGGUAUGAGGUAAACUUCUCGGUAGAUCGUUAUUAUAACCAAGACUUUAAGGAUGUUUUGAUACAAAUAGGUUUUUGUCCUGAUUUUUUUAAAAACCCAGCCGUCCAUCCAUCCAUCCAUCCAUCCAUCUGUCCAUUCAUCAUCUAACUACUUAAUGUGAUCAGGGGUGUGGGGGUGGAACCGGAAGCCCAUGUCAGGCAGCUUGGGGCAUGAGGCUGGGGUAGUUUUAAUACAACCCAGUUUUAAUACAACAGCAAACCCCAUAUCUCCCACACUAGCAUCAGAAAUGUUGACAUUUGUCUUAUGCCUUUUAAAAGAUGUAUUUUAAAUCCUGGUAUAUAUUUUUGCUUUACAGCAUUUCAGUGACAAUAAAACUAAUAGGAUUUAGAGCA